AUGUCUUAUUCCAGGGCAAUUGCGAGACUAGGAGCUCUGCCUGAGCUUCAGAAGAAGUUCAAUGCCUUCACGUUUGUUAAUGAGGAUGCAACGGGACAAUUGGUUAGAGAAGGUAGUCAAGGUACAAAGAGCCUUUCUAACGUUUUGGUGGGUGUGAAGGAUAAUAUUGUUACUAAGGAUAUGCCCACUACGUGUUCCUCGAAGAUCUUGGAAGAUUUCAAGUCCCCAUUUGAUGCAACAGUGGUAGAAUUGCUAAAGAAUGAAGGUGCUGUUAUAGCAGGCAAGACAAACUUAGAUGAAUUUGGAAUGGGUUCUUCUGGUAUACAUUCAUAUUUUGGUCCUACAACGAAUCCCAUAUUUGCGGACGUGCCUACCGUGGUAGGUGGUUCUUCUUCAGGGUCAGCAGCAGCAGCAGCUGGAGGCGUCGUUGAUUUUGCUUUGGGGACAGACACAGGUGGAUCGGUAAGGCUACCAGCUGCGUAUACAUCUAUAUUAGGUUUCAAGCCAUCGUAUGGUAGAAUCUCCAGGUAUGGUGUCAUAGCUUACGCUCAAUCUUUUGAUACAGUUGGAAUCCUGUCGAAAGAUAUAUCUAUCGUGAAACAAGCCUUCAAGAUUCUUGACAAACACGACAGGAAGGACCCAACCUCUUUGGGCACAGAGUUGAGAGAACUUCUUCCUAAAGAUACAGGUAAUAGCAACGGCAAGUUACGGAUUGGGUUACCCAAGGAAUUUGUACAAGAGUCUGUUCCAGUUUCUAUCAGAAAUAAAUAUUUGUCAUUCAUUGAGAAUAUGAAAUCCAAGGGUCACGAGAUAGUUCCAGUCUCAAUACCGUCAGUUAAACAUGCAUUGCCUAUUUACUAUACUUUAGUGCCUUCAGAAGCAUCCUCUAAUCUAUCCCGAUUCGAUGGUGUGAGGUAUGGGACAAGAGAUGAACACAGCGAUCUGGUGGAUAACACGUUGUUUGCACCUACCAGACAAUAUUUUGGGAAAUCAGUCCAAGAAAGAAUAAUAUUAGGAAAUUACAACUUAUGUUCAGGUUCAUAUAAGAAUAACUAUAUCAAGGCACAGAGAUUGAGGGUCCAAAUGGUAAACGAAUUCGACCAAGUGUUCAAGAAAUCAAAUGUAUUGACGAAUUCGAAAGGAAACAAUGCUGGCGUUGAUAUGCUGGUGUGCCUAACUUCUGUAGAUAAGCCAAAAACGUUGGCAAGAGCCCUUGAAGAAUCCAGAUUGUCUUCACCUGUUAAUGAGUAUAUAACCGAUGUUUUCACGUUGCCAAUGUCGUUGGCUGGUUUGCCAACAAUAUCGAUUCCAAUUGAAGAAGGAGAGCCUGUUGGAGUCCAACUUGUUGGCCAAUACGGUGAUGAUUGGGGGGUAUUGAAUCUAGCGGAUUCAUUGUUAGCAUAA